AUGACAAGCACUAGGACACUACCUUGGAGGAAGCUGCCUUGUGUGAUUCCCCUUCAAGCUGCGAGAGCUCUUUACAGUGAUGUUGGCGUUUUGUCAACUUUCCGAUCCUCUGAACCUUUGGAAAAAGUACAAAGACAGCCUCUCAGAGGACAUUAUGUGACAGGUGGAGAGAGAGUUGCAAGGCAGUGCGCAGCAGCCAAAAGGUCUGGAGGAGAUUUGGGGAACCGAGACUAUCUGAGAGAGACCAACUACGACAUAAACGCUUUGGCACAAGCGCUGUCGAAUAACGAGGGUUUGCUGACAGAUGAGCAACUCGCUGUCUAUCGGCAGGGCCUUAGCAGCGUUGAGUCAGGUGCUGGUCACGCCUUUUUCCUGGAUGCUCUUGGGGGUACUGGGAAGACCUUUCUCAUCAACUUACUCCUGGCGAAGGUAAGGAGUGAUCGUGGCAUCGUCUUGGCUGUUGCAUCCUCUGGCAUCGCUGCUACGCUGUUGGAGGGAGGUAAGACCGCUCACGCUGCUUUUAAGCUGCCCCUCAAUCUCAUGAAUGUAGAAACACCCCUGUGCAACAUUUCAAAACAAAGCAACAUGGUCCAAGUGCUGCGGGACUGUCAGCUUAUUGUUUGGGAUGAGAGCACCAUGUCACAUAAAAGAGGAUUUGAGGCACUGAGCACAACCCUUAAAGACAUUAGAGGCAACGAUGGACUGAUGGGGGGAGUCACCGUGCUGCUGGCUGGAGACUUCCGACAGACUCUGCCAGUAGUGCCAAGGGGAACUCGAGCUGAUGAGGUUAAGGAGAAACCUAUGGACUGGCUUUGCGAGCGUGCCAUUCUGACCCCUAAGAACGACAAAGCUGGAGUCAUUAAUGACACUCUACUCAACUCAUUCGACGGGGUAGAAAUGGAGUACAGGUCUGUGGACUCGGUGGUACAAACGGAUGACGCGGUCCACUACCCCGUGGAGUUCCUCAACACCCUGAACCCUCCUGGCUUACCAGCCCACAAACUUCUCCUCAAAGUGCGUGCUCCAGUGAUGUUGCUGCGAAACCUCAAUCCGCCUAAACUCUGCAAUGGCACCAGGUUGCGAGUAAAGGUCCUCCACCGGAAUGUUAUCGAGGCCACAGUGUUCACCGGCUGUGCUCGAAGAGAUUCGGUGCUUAUACCACGCAUACCACUCAUACCAUCAGAGUAUCCUUUGCAUUUCAAAAGGCUGCAGUUCCCCCUCAAGGUCAGUUUUGCUUUGACCAUCAACAAGUUCCAGGUUUUACGUGGCCCGGGUGAGCUCAUCCACAGCCUGGUGAUCCUAGCACCUAAGGGGAGAACCACAAAUGUGGUCUAUAAAGAGGUCCUCAAGUAA